CCCUCCUUCCUGCCUUCACAUAGAUCCCUGGGACUCCUGUCCCCACUUACCCUAUCACUACCUCCCUCCCAUCUUCACCCAACCCCUACCCAACUGCUGAGGCCAUGCUUCGCACUACCUUCCUUCUCUUGCUUGUGCAAGGCCUCCUCCAGUACCCGCAGCAGGCCGGGGAUGGGCUGGAUGAGGCCGCACGGGAGCGCAUGCAGCAGCGCGCUGAUUUUCUGAACCAGGAGAUGGCUCAGCUGAUGCAGGAACUGGAGCAGGACAGCCUGGAGCACAGUGGUGUGGCCUGGGGAGCCCUGCUCGUCUGGCAGUUCUGGGCUGUCACUGGACUCCUUGUCCUUCUCUUGGCGCUGUGGUUUGGACUCCACAAAAUCAGAUGGGAUCCAGACAACAGUGGCCUCAAGGAGAGCUCCAGCAGCAACUUGGAGGAGGAGGAAGAGGAAGGACAUAACGUGUUUGCAAAGAGAGAAGCAGGAAAUGACAGUGAAAAUGUAGAAGAGGACAAUAAGGACGGAAAUGAAGAAGGCAGCAAUGCAGAUGCUGAAGAGGACAACAAGGACGGGAAUGGAGAAGGCACUAAUGCAGAUGUUGAAGAGGCCAAUAAGGACGGGAAUGGAGAAGGCACCAAUGCAGAUGUUGAAGAGGACAACAAGGACGGGAAUGGAGAAGGCACUAAUGCAGAUGUUGAAGAGGACAACAAGGAUGGGAAUGGAGAAGGCAGCAAUGCAGAUGUUGAAGAGGACAAUAAAGAUGGAAGUGAAGAAGGCUGCAUAAAGGAUGCAAAGGCUGAAAGCAACAUGGGAAAUGAAGUGAAAGAAGGCUCUGACGAUGCAAAGGAAGAAGUAAACAGGAAUGAGAAGGAGGAUGAAGUUAAUGCUGCUGGUAAUAAAGCACAAGAAGGUUCUGAUGAUGCCAAUGAAGAAGUAAACAACAGUGAGAAGGGGGAGAAUGCCAAUGUUGAUGGAAAUGAAGAGGGCAAAGACAUUGCAAACGAAGAAGAUGAUGGCCACAAUGUCAAAAGGAACCUUGGAAGCCUUUUAGAGGAGCGCCUGCAUCUGCCUGCUCUGGACCUGGACAAGGGUUGCUCCAUCAUAACAGACCUGAUGGACAAACUCACAGACAUCUUUGGACAAAGCUGGUCCAACAGCUUCUACCCAGUGCCACAAGAAGCCAUCGGAGUGGGCAGCGCCUUUGAAGGCUGGAGUCCCCGCGCAGAGGACCUUGUGUACCAUGUGCUUGUCCCACUGAGUCCCCCUCCAGGACAUGCCUUCCACCUGGAGCUGGACACUGCAGGGGUGCUCCAGAGGAACGGCUGUGUCCAUGUAGAGCUGCUGUGCACCUGCACCAGGGAGCAGCUGGGGGAGGACAUGCUGUGUUUCCUCCACAGCUCUGAGGAGGAGCUGAGAAGGGACCAGGACCCCAGCCUCCUGGAUACCCUCUGCACUGACAGCUAUCUGGAUGUGGAGAAAACUGUCCACUGGUUCUACCAAUUCAUGAAAGAAGCCUGGGUGCUGUUGCCUCAAUCGCGCCAUUGGCGUUUGAGAUUGCUGCCCUCCAGCCGCUCCUGUAAAUUCCAGCUGAGGAAAGACCAGGAAAGCCUCAUGGUUGAGGUCAUCUUAGGAGUGAGGCAAGGAGACUCAGAUAUCUUUGUGGGCAGCCAGCCUGCAGAAGUAGCUAUGCCAAGCAUAACAUGGCUGGAAACCUACGCUGUGGCAGAGGCAAAAUUCUUUAGACACAUUUCCAGGCAGGCUCCUCAUGACAGCUGGCACUGCAAGUGCCUGCAGCUCCUCAGCCGCAUCCUGACGGGUGGAGGUUUCUCCAGCUAUGCCCUGAAGACAGUGCUGAUGCACCUCCUGAACACCAUACCCCUGACACAGUGGGGCAGGAAGGAUUUCCGGUGGCGCAUUCUGAACAUUGUGAUGUACCUCCGCUGCUCACUGGACGCAAAACAGCUGAACCACUUUGUCCUAGGCAACGAGAGGUUUCCCAUGGACAUCAGUUUGCCCUCUGACUUGCGCGUGGCUGAAUCCCCCAACCUAUUCCAGCACCUGGCCAGCAGUCCGGAUGCCCACAAGAAGGCCAUGCAGGAGUACGGGCACCUGCUACAUCAGCUCGAACAAAUGCUGUUCUAAGCAUUUGAGAGAGAUCUUGGUGCGCAGAGCUGUGCUUCUGGGGCCUCAUUCACUACAUACAUAAAUACUUUCUAGUUAGUGAAUUUACUAGAUAUGAUAGGACCCCCCAUUUAGUGAAUUUGCUAAAUAUAUUAGGACACUAGUUAAUUUACUAUAGA